GUUCAUCUUCUUCCUGAAGGCAGAGGCAGGUAUCUGUUCUAAGGCCAUCAGCCUGGGGAACUGUACCUACAAGGAGACCUGGCAUGGCACUGUCCUCUCUUGGGCUGUGGCCUCUGCUGCUGCUGGCCUACUGGACUCUCCCUCCUGAUCUGGCUGGCGAGAACUUCGUGAAUUUACAGAAUGGUGAUAAUAAAUGCGAAGGCCUCCUGCAUUUGCAGGAUGAUGGGCAGUCGGGCUAUAUGUGUGGGGACAGCUUGGGGACGCAGGAGGCCUUGGUGAUCUGCAGACAGCUUGGCUGCGGCUCUCUGCGUGCUUUUUCCAAGUAUAUUUUGACCCCCGAAGAGAUGAAGCCACCUUGGAUGUACAGUGCCCAGUGCCACGGUGAGGAAGCCAACCUGUGGGAGUGCAUCCUGGGAUCCUGGGGACCCAUCAGUGGCUGCAAAUGCCAGUGUGUGCUUGCUAUUAUAUGCUCAGGUGGGACCACGCGACAAAUCGAGCUAGCUGGUGGUAGCAGUCCUUGUGCUGGGGUUCUAGAGGUCAUUGGAGUUUCCGGUUUAGCCCUGAGAUGUGACUUGCACAAGGAGGAGGCUGGCGUUCUGUGCAGACAGCUGGGAUGCGGUGCUGCUUUGCAGUGGUCCAGAGCCCAUCAUGGAACGAAUGGGAAACAGAAAGAGAAGUACGGGAUAUGCCAGGGAACAGAACCUGACAUCUUACACUGCCAGGCCAAUGUGAACUUUCUAGAGCAAUGCAACCUUCCAACGUACACACAGAUUGUAUGCACAGGUCACGUGGAAGCCCAGCUGCUAGGUGGUACACACCCCUGUGAAGGACGCCUGGAGGUUCUUCGAGGACUCACCUGGGGCACCGUCUGCUAUGAUGACCUGGACCUGCCCACGGCUCAUGUGGUUUGUCGGGAGCUGGGGUGUGGCACCGCUGUAUCCAUACUCGGGAGUUCCCACUUUGGCCAUGGAUCAGGACCUGUGUGGACAGAGGCCUUUCACUGUGUGGGCAAUGAAUCACUGCUGUUCCAUUGUCUGAGGGAGCCUGGACACCAGUGUGGCCAUGAUCAGGAUGCUGCAUUAAUCUGCUCAGGGCAAAAGUUCCGACUGGUCAACGGCAGCAGUAGCUGUGAGGGCCGCGUGGAGCUUUGGGUACAGGAGUCCUGGCAGCCCCUCUGUGCUGCCCACUGGGACUUAGCAGAUGCCACGGUGCUCUGCCACCAGCUCAACUGUGGUUAUGCAGUGGCCACACCCCAAGGUGGCCAUUUUGGAAAUGUGGAAGCUCCUAUCUGGACAGAUGUGUUUCACUGUGUGGGGACAGAGCCCCACCUGCUGAGCUGCCCAGCAAGCACCUUAGGGGCCCAGACAUGUGCCCCGGGAAAUUCAGCCUCAGCUAUCUGCUCAGGUGCCCAAAAUGCACUGCGGCUGAGGGAUGGACAGAGCCACUGCGAUGGUAGAGUGGAGGUUUUCCUUGAUGGCGUAUGGGGGCGUGUGCUGGACAAUGCCUGGAACCUGUGUGAUGCUGCUGUGGUGUGCAGGCAGCUCGGGUGCGGAGAGGCACAGCAAGCCUAUGACGCUCCGGCUCCAGUCCUCAAGAAUCCUGUGGGGCUGAGCAUGGUGCACUGCUUGGGCUCUGAGACCCACCUGACCCAAUGCAACGUGUCAAUGUCUAUGCUGGUGAACGCGGGAACACUGCGGGACGCAGGUGUCAUGUGCUCUGGGAGCUUGCAUGUGCGGUUGGUAGCGGGCAAGAACCGCUGUGCUGGGCGUGUCGAAGUGUUCUAUCGGGGCACAUGGGGCACCGUAUGUGAUGAUGCCUGGGACCUGCAGGACGCCCAUGUGGUCUGCAGGCAGCUGGGCUGUGGCCACGCCCUCAGUGCCCCUGGGGCGGCUCAUUUUGGAGCAGGAACUGGGCGCAUCUGGCUGGAUGAACUGGGCUGCCUGGGCGAGGAGGCUGCUCUGUGGGAGUGCCAGUCAGGAGGCUGGGGCCAACAAGACUGCGGGCACAAGGAGGAUGCGGGCGUGGUCUGUUCAGAAUUCACUGAGGUGAGGUUGCAAGAACACAGCCAGCCAUGCACAGGACGCCUGGAAGUUUUCUACAAUGGUACCUGGGGUGGUGUCUGCCAGUCCCUGAGUGCUGCCUCCCUGAGAGUUCUGUGUGGACACCUGGGUUGUGGAUCCCAGGGGCAGCUGUUGGCCAGGCCAAGGAACUCAUCUAAGCUGGAGACUGUCUGGUUGAAGUCCAUUCAGUGUAGGGACAAGCAUGACAGGUCCUUGUGGCAAUGCCCCUCAGCGCCCUGGGACAGGCAUUCUUGCACCAGUGGAGAGGAAGCUUGGUUGGUGUGUGCAGGAAAGACAGAAGUUUCUCAGGAUAUAGAGCAGAUGUCCAACUGCUCAGCUCUUAGCUGCCCAGAGGAAGGUGCAGUUCGUGUGUUUGGGGGUGAGGAUGGCUGCUCUGGACGAGUGGAGCUCUGGCACAGAGGUUCAUGGGGCACGGUGUGUGACGACUCCUGGGACCUGGCAGAUGCAGAAGUUGUGUGCCGGCAGCUGGGCUGUGGCCCCGCCAUAGCUGCCCUGCAGAAUGCUGCCUUUGGUCCUGGUUCAGGGCCUAUAUGGCUGGAUGAAGUGGGAUGCCGAGGCAGUGAGAGGACUCUGGGAGCCUGCCAGACCGAACCAUGGGGGUACGGAGACUGCUCCACAAGGAGGAUGCCGGUGUGCGCUGCCUGGCUAUCCCUGGGACCAUGGCAUCAGGUUUUGGAGCAACAGGGCAGCCCUCAGAUGCUGUCUAUGAAUACAUUGAAACAGUCCCUAUGGAUGAAACAGCAGAGGAGCCAGCAGCAUCCCAAAAGUCCAGUGCAGGAUGAGGAUUAUGAUGAUGCAGAAGAGCUCAAGGACAGCCCUGGGGAAGAUGUGGAGGCUAGGCAACUGCUGAGCCUGAUUGGUGUGUACCUCUGUUCCCUGAGUCUGGAGCAUCCUUUGGCUGUUCUGCUCUCAUAA